UGCCUACACAAAUUAAUCCCUUCUUGUAUUUUGGCAAACAAGAAAUCGCCUUAUAUUCACAUUAUUAAAUUUGAUUCAGAGCUUUUCAACACACAUCUCGAAAGUAAUGAUGGAGAGCAGUGUAUGUCAAACUCUCUGGAAAGUUUUCGUAACGAAGAAAUUUUGGCUGAAAUUGGCUCAAAUGAUCUGUGCGGUAAUUGCUAUUAUACCAUGCGUCAUAUUCAAUCAAAGGGCAAGUGUACACCAGGUGAAUAGCCAACGUCAUUAUACUAUCACCCUGGCGUUUCCUUUCAUCUACGACAAUGUAACGGUGGAGUCCACCCGAACGCUGCACUUAAGAGAAUUCAAAUUUGAAUCACUGUUACUUCCGUCAGCUCUGUUGUACGCCAUUACAACAGUUUUGGCGUUGUUGUUCACAACCAUCCUUGCUAUCUGGAGUAUAAGCAAAUUUGGCCAACCAGAUGAAUCAGAGGAUCAUAUUAAGCUGAAAUUCUUUGUGUCCCUUGGCAUGACGUUUUUGUUGCUGGCCGCAAUUUGUUUAUGGAUGACGAAUCUCAUUACGCUCGUUCGUGACUUAGAAUAUCAACUCGACUUUAUAGUGGGGCAAUGCGUGGAAAACUUCGUUGAAUGUACUCGACACGAUGUCAAUUUUACUCAACUAUACACGUCCGUGGUAUUUGGAGGUCUUCUCUUUCUUCUGUGGCUCGUCGAUUGCAUACAGACUUUCAUAAAAAUGGUGUACACAAUUCCUGAACAAGUUAAUCUAACAACACUAGUGAGAAAUGUCGAGUUGGAGACGGUACAUGAUAACAACGAAGGACAAUUACGUCAUCAGACAUGACGUCACGGACAGUCUUUUAUAACAACCUUGUUAAUAAGUAAUGUUACUGGAUGUUUUCAUGAAACUAAUUAAUGUAAAUAAUUGAUUGUGUUGUGUUAUUCCUAGAAUCAUAAUAGAAGCUAAAGUGAACAGAUAAAAUCGGUUAUUUUUCCUUGUUGUACGCACAAUUAGAAAAAGGAUUUUACUGCAACAACCGUAGAGGAAAUUUCUACUCGUGACAAAGGAAAACAGUUCCCUGUAUACUUUAAGUAGAAAUAGUUCAUCUAACAUGUAAAUAAAUGCUGCAAGAUAAAGGGACAACUUUGAUGACAUAGUAAAGAUAAUUUUAUGACGAUUCUACAUGUAACUAACAAUCAGAGAGUUUUCUAUUAAGAAAAUUUUUGGAAGACAAUAAAGUUUGUAAAAAGCAA